AUCAUUUUACCAAUGAAAAAAAAAGAAAAAGAAAUUAAAAAGAGAGUUUAAUAUUCUGAAGGUACAACGAAAUUGAUGUAUUCACGAAAUCUUUUUUUAUAUGUUAGUGCUCAUGCAAGUCCCCACAUUUUCCUCCACUACUACAAUAAAAAUUUUCUUUCUAUAAAUACCUAGCAUUAUUGGCGUGUGUCAAACACAUUCAUCUACUACUACUACUUUCUUCCACUCCUUCUUGCCUACUUAAAUUAGUUAUUUCCAAGUCAUUUUUAUCCUCAGCCAAAAAAAAAAAAAAAGAAGAAUAAACACUAUGGCAUCAAACCAAACAAGCACUCAAGAAUCGAAGUUCACUCUCCCUAUGAAUCACGACUUGGAGCAACAACAAGUAAACUUAGAUGAACAAGAAGAAACAGAAUUUGACUACUCGAAACGUUCCCAAUGGCUCCGAGCAGCUGUGCUCGGAGCCAAUGAUGGGUUGGUAUCAACCGCAUCAUUAAUGAUGGGAAUUGGUGCUGUGAAAAAGGACAUUAAGGUCAUGAUCCUGACUGGAUUCGCCGGCCUAGUCGCCGGCGCAUGUUCCAUGGCCAUAGGAGAAUUCGUCUCCGUUUAUUCUCAACUUGACAUAGAAGUGGCUCAAAUGAAGAGAGUAAAAAGAAGAAACAAUGCUAAUAAAGUCCAAGGAGGAAAGGAAGACGAGGACGAGAAAGAGAGCUUGCCAAAACCAACACAUGCAGCAGCAGCCUCAGCACUAGCAUUUUCGGUUGGUGCAAUAGUGCCAUUGUUGGCUGCAUCUUUUAUUAGAGAUUAUCAAGUGAGAAUUGGAGCUGUUGUUGCAGCUGUCACCUUAGCUUUGAUGGUGUUCGGAUGGUUAGGUGCUGUUUUAGGAAAAGCACCAGCACUCAAGUCUUCAGCUAGGGUUUUGUUUGGAGGUUGGUUGGCCAUGGCUAUAACUUAUGGCUUAACAAAAUUGAUUGGUUCAAGUGGCCAUGGUCUUUAAAUCUAUCACUACAAAAAGAACUGGAAUUAGCCGCAAACUUCAAAGCUAAUAGAAUUUUUUGAUAAUUCGUCGCUAAAUAGGUUUAACGACGAAUUUUGGUGUUUAGCGACAGAAUUUAUUUCUUGCUAAUUCCUUUUCUUUUCAGUAGUGUAUACUACUAUAGUUGCGGCAUAAUGAUAUGCCGGUACUAUUUAUUUUACUCUUUUCUUUUUUUAAUUUCUUCUUUGUGUUAUUGAUAUUACUAUGGCUAGGAUACAAUUAUGGUCUCUGUGUAUUCUAAAUAUUUGUGUCAUGCUUCGAAUAACCGUAUGCAUGCAUUAUUGUAUUUGUAUACCAUAAUACUAAUAUAUUUCCAAACCCUUUUAUUAA